AGCUCUCUUGUUCAUCUUCUGUGCGCUAACCUUGCUGCUCCUUAGCCCCAUACGCAGCGGGCAGCAUCAUUUCUUACCCUGUCAGUGCAUCUCCUUGGGCGAUAUUCGUGUUUUGACGUCUUUGGGCCAACUUACCAUCCUUCUUCUUUUCCUUUACAUCCUCCUCAACCACCUGGCAUCCUUUGUGUGUAUACAUCAACCCAUCUCCUGGUCGGGAUUCUCUUCAAAUCGUAAAGCUUCAUUGCUCGAUCUGUCCUGCCGUCAUUGCCGAGCAUCGCGGACUAUUCUUCACCAUCAACCAUUCAAGACCUCGACUGGCGCGGAACCAUCUUGUCUAUAUAUAUAAACACAACCUCUUGAGAAAUCAUGGAAGUCGCAGCAUAUGCACCCUACCGCCAACACACGUUCCAACCAGAUUUCAGUCCGCACUACAGUCAAUACCACGAGUCUCGAACAUCUCAUCCGGCCUCUGUACACCCCGUCAUGGCAGGCCAGUAUCAAGACGUCAGACGUGCAGGGCAACGUCAGGCGCCGCAACAGCACUCUGCUGCACCCACCGUAGCAGCAUCGCAGGACGAUAUGAACAAGCCAUCCCUCCCGUCAAUCUCAAACCUUUUGGGCAUAGCAGAUGGUGAUAGAACCUCAAAUCAAGAGACUGGCAGUCCUUCUCAGCAACAAGCUUACUACUCGUCAGCCCCGACAGAGUUUAGUCAAGGCUACGUAACCGUGGCAGAUCCUGUGUCCACAGCUAGAGGCCCACUUCCUCCAUCGCCGCCGCCCAUGCGCUCAGACUCGGUAGUGGAAACCGCUCAUAGCCCUACGUCAAUGGCUGGCCAAAACUACUUGUUCGGAUCAUCGCUGAACAACGUGGAGCCUCAUCACCAGAGGACAAUGCCCGUCAAGCGCCACUCUGUGCCCAUGCCCAGUGGUGGCAUGUACACGACAUCACCCUACGCUAUGGCUGCCUACAAUUCAUCGCCUAGUGCGAUGUCUACCAGUUCUUACUACUCGGCUGAUGGUGUCUAUGGUAUGAACGGAGUCUACCAACAGAGACCACUGCCUUCAAACUUCCCUCCAGUCAUGUCGGGGCCGGUGAUUACAGCAUCGAGCAUUCCGGCGCCGAAUAUGUGGGAGCACCAUCAUUACAUUGCUCCUUCUAGCCAAGCGACAUACCCUCAAUCACAGGAUCGUUAUGUCUGUCAGACUUGCAACAAGGCAUUCUCUCGCCCAAGCAGUCUCAAGAUCCACAACUACAGCCAUACUGGAGAAAAGCCGUUCAAGUGUACGCAGCCGGGCUGCGGAAAGGCGUUUAGCGUUCGAAGCAACAUGAAGCGACACGAGAGAGGCUGCCAUGCAGGAUCAUCCAGUAUCAUGGCUUAAAAGUCUCGAAUCAGGAUGGGAGUUUUUUUAUGUUCUUCUUUUCUACAAACCUGUUGUUCUCUUCUUUGUUUCUCUGAGGCUCUUUUGAUACCACGGCCGUACUUAAGGAAAUGGUUAGCGGCGCUUACAUGGAUUUGGAGUUACAAAUACAUUUGGGAUGGUGUAUAGGGCAACGCAAGACGUUGAGGGAUCGAGACAGCAAGCCUGUACAUCAAUAAGGAUUUCCGCCCUAGUGGUG